AUGCGCGUCGCGACCUCCAUCUCGCCCUCGACCUCGGGUCUCGCCGCGAUCGCUCGCGCGAGUACAUCACGACGUCCGGCGCGCGAUCGUCGCGCGACCGGGCGCGUUACCUCGGUCCGCGCGUCGUCGUCGUCUGAAACAGAGAAGGCUGAAAAGGCGCUCGAAGCCCCUUGGGUCGCUCCCGGCUAUCGCGGUGCGUUCGUGAGCACGCUCGAACCCAAGGCACAGGGCGCGGUAGUGUUGGCGAUCUGGUCCGCGAUCGCGAUCGGGACGUACGAGUGCGUGAGCGAGAUCGGGCCGGCGCUCGAGCGGGCGGCGCCCGGAGCGAUGGCGUGGAGUAAAUCGACGUGGCCGGUGAUAGGGGCCACGUACGUCGCCGCCGGAUGGGCACACUUUCAAUUCAGGGACGGUUUUGAGAGCAUGAUGCCGCACCGAGGGUGCUGGGGGUUUUGGAACGUUCCGGGGAGCAAAAGAUUUCACGUCGAGUGGACGGGCGCGGCGGAGAUUCUGGGCGGCGCCGGCUUGAUGCUCGGCUCGCUUCCGUUCGGAUUAACCCCGAAUUGGCUCUCGGAAUGGCUCACUCCGGUCUCCGCGAUCUCACUGUUCGCGCUAACGUGCGUGGUGACGCCAGCGAACACGUACAUGUUCACCCACAACGCCCCCGGGCCGCUCCCGCCGAACGCCGACGACUCCAUGCGCACGUUGCCGUUACAAGGCCAUCUCGCGCGCGCGCUCUUACAGGUCUUCUUGCUCAGUCUCUUACACGGCUGCGCCGAGCGAUGA